UUCAUCUCAAGUUGGGUCCUUGGCCAAUCUUGUCGAACUGGAUCUAUCUUACAACAAGCUGACCGGACCAAUUCCUAGCUCCAUCAGCGAGUGCUUGCAAUUGGAACGGCUCAGCUUUGCAGUCAAUUCCUUUGAUGGCGAAAUUCCUCCGGCUUUAGGCACAUUACGGGGCUUACAACAGUUGGAUGUUUCCCAUAAUGACUUCUCUGGUGAAAUCCCGAGGUUUCUCGCUCAACUUACGGAUCUGAAUUACUUGAAUCUAUCUUUAAACAAGCUCGAAGGAGAAGUUCCGAAGCAAGGAGUAUUUCUCAAUGCUAGUGCAGUGUCCAUUUUUGAGAAUAGUAAUCUCUGUGGAGGUAUUGCAGAACUAAACCUUCCUUCUUGCAAAUCAAACACCUCUAAACCAUUUUCGACAAAAAAAGUUACAGUAAUCGCCACAGGGGCUGCCAUCUUGUCAGGCUUCAUUCUGUGUCUUUGCUUGUUUAUCAUUUGGUACCGGAGAAAGAAGUCGAAAGAAAAUCUCUCUGCAACUGAAUUGCCGUUUGAACACCGAUUCUCGAGGGUCUCUUAUGAGGAACUCUUUAGAGCCACGGAUGGAUUCUCUGAGACCAAUGUGAUCGGUACAGGGAGAUAUGGUACUGUCUAUAAAGGAACUACACAGGAAGGCGGCUGGGUGGCGGUUAAAGUGCUCAACAUGGGCCACAGAGGUGCUUCGAAGAGCUUUGUCUCGGAAUGUCAAACCUUAGGAGCCAUAAGACACCGAAAUCUCGUGAAGAUCUUGAACGUGUGCUCAAGCGUGGACUAUCGCGGCAACGAUUUCAAAGCUCUAUUAUACGAAUACAUGGCUAAUGGGAGCUUAGCGAAUUGGGUACACCAAGGAAACAAAGAAGACGUUAUGCAUGAACAUGAACAUGGAAAACCAGGACAUUUGGGACUAAUGCAGAGGUUAGACAUUGCCAUUGACAUAGCUUCCGCAAUCGAAUAUCUUCACGAGGAUUGUAGCCCAAAGAUUGUACACGGAGAUCUGAAGCCGAGUAAUGUCCUUCUGGACAAAGAAAUGAUGGGGCAAGUUGGGAUUUCGGGCUGGCGAAGAUCAGCUCCGCCGCGACAACAGAGGCCAUGGACAUUGACAACCGUAGCAGCUCAGUGGCAGUGAGGGGUUCCAUAGGCUAUGUCCCUCCUGAGUAUGGCAUGGGGGACAUGACAACCACACAAGGCGAUUUGUACAGUUACGGCAUUCUUUUAUUGGAAAUGUUCACUGGGAGGAGACCCACAGAAGAGGCUUUCAAGGACCAUUUGAAUCUCCACACCUUUGUUAAGGUGGCUCUGCCAUACCGAGCCGCGGAGAUCGUGGACUCGGCCAUUUUUAAUGGAGAAGACGAGCGGGACACCGAGAAAAUGAGAGACUGCAUUGCCUCCGUCCUAACGGUUGGAGUUGCGUGUUCAUUGGAAUCACCACGGGAUCGAAUGGGCAUGGCCGAAGUACGCAAGGAACUGCAUAAGAUCAGGGCUAGGUAUGGAGCCGAGUAGGGAGGCACGGUUGAAGCAAGUUCAUAAAAUUUUGGAUGGUCCUAUUCUCUGUCUUAAUUUUUGCUGUUUACCACUGGGGCCAGAACCAAUACUAGUUCAAUGU